UGUCAAUCAAUUGAAUCCGUAGAAUCCCGAAUUAAUAAAAGCAAUAACAGCAACACGUUAAAUAAAUAAUAAAAGUGUUAUGCAUGGAAGUCUAAGCUAACUGUGAAUAUUGUGUAACUGCUCGACAAGAAGAUGUCAUUUAAAUGAAAAGGGAGCAAACAACAACAAGAAAAACUUGUCAACAAUUUUGGAUACAAUAAUAAACUGUUUGAUCAUAUGAUUUGCCAAUAAACAUAAUUAUACAUGCAUAUGUAUGUACGUAUAUAAAUAUACAUAGUAAGAUAUAUGCAACGCCAGAGAAAACAAAACAAAUAUCAAAAUUUAGACACGGACAACGUAAGAAAAAGAAUUAAAGAGUAAGGAAAAGAAGAGAAUUUUACAAAUUGACAUGUACACUGUUAACAGGGGACCCAGCAAAAUUGUUGCUAAAACACGUCGAGGCUUGGCGCAAAACUUUGAAAAGUUUGAUAGCAUCAAGAAGAAUGGUAACAACAGCUUUGAUUUAAAUAGUGCCGAGAAGAAUAAAAACAUCCCGCGUCCUGUAUUCCAACAAAGCUUCGCAUCAAAACGCAUUGCACCAACAAAGCUUAUAGAGGAUGAGGUGAUAACCCCACAGCAUGAGGAGAUUAUACGCUAUAUAAACGACUCUUGGAACAUAUUGGUUGCUCAAAAUCCUUACGAUGCAAGCACAGCUAAAUCAGACGGCAAGGCUGAUGCGAACAAUAACAACACCAGCAGCUUAGUACCACCAAAUCCUGUGGACAGCAUAAUAUCCAAUACACCAAUUGCUGCGUCUGCAGCACCCGCUGUUUGGGUAGAGCCACCAAGCCCAGCACUAAAUGACUUUAAGCCUUUCGACCUGGAGUCGUGGUGGGGACGCCGUCUGUUCCACAACAUUACUAAGAGCCUCUAGACUGAUGAUUUUUGUUAUGUUUGCUUCCGUUUAAUUUGAUUUCUUGACUGGACUACCAAUGUUAGAUACAUAUAAAUAUGAAUGAAGGACAACUGUAGCGGCUAAGUGAUCAUUUCAAAAGUGUAGAGCAGCCAUUUGAUAUGGUGAUUUGUAAAGUCUAAGUGGCAUAUUUUUAAUUAUAUUUUUUUGUUUU